CACAUCCAGGAAGUGUGUGCAGGAAAGGAAGCUGUGGCAAAAAUGGCAGCGCACAGGUGCGGUUUGUCUCUAGUAUGCAUUUUAUUUUUUUCUAGUUUAGCUCACCCCAGUAGGUGUGACACGCUUGAAAAAGCAAACGAUAAUACAGCAACAAAACGGAGCAUUUCAGAGGUUAAUACUGAUGGCAGUGUCGCUGGAGAGGACAUGAAUGAAAGGCAGUGGCAGUCGACUGAUGUCGAGGUGAACAGAAGCGACGGCACGAAAAACAGCGAGACUUUUACACCAGCACCAGCGAAAGAUCAGUUUCAGGAGGAGCUGGUCAUCCGGCCCCUGCACUCCGGAGACAUUUAUGCCAGCUUCCAGUUCCGCACACUGUGGGACACUGACUUCCUGCAAGAGGGACAGAAGAAGGUUUCUCAUUACCGGUUGUUCCCCAAAUCCCUCGGCCAAGUGCUCUCCAAGUUUUCAGUGCAAGAGCUGCACAUCUCCUUCACCCAGGGCUUCUGGAGGACCAUGCAGUGGGGGCAGCCCUUCAUCCCCUCUCCACCUGGAGCAGAGCUGUGGGUGUGGUUCCAUCACACAGUCAGCGAUGUGGAUGGAAACUGGAAGGAACUUACCAAUGUCCUCUCUGGAAUCUUCUGUGCAUCUCUGAACUUCAUUGACAUGACCAACACUGUACAGCCCAGUGCUUCUUUUAAACCGCUGGGUCUGGGAAAUGCUACAGAUCACCGUUUUUUACGUUACGCCACAUUACCACGUGAAAUCGUCUGCACUGAGAAUCUCACACCCUGGAAGAAGCUUCUCCCUUGUGGUUCUAAGGCAGGUCUGGCGGUUCUCAUGAAGUCCGAGAAGCUGUUUCACAGCAGUUUCCACUCCCAGGCUGUUCACAUCAGACCCAUCUGUCAGGAUGAGCAAUGCACAAGUAAAGCGUGGGAGCUGAGACAAACUCUCAAUGUUGUGUUUGAUCACUACACUUCAGGCCAAGGCAAAAAGGAAUGGUCCCUGUUUAAGAUGUUUUCUCGAACUCUGACAGAGGCUUGUCCUCUUGCUUCGUCUAGUAAAGUCUAUGUGGACAUCACAGACAACCCUGAGGGGGAGCUGUUUGAGUUGAGUCCUGCCACUCCUCUGCUCAGCCAAGCUGUGGUGCUGGGAGAUCGCAGGACAUAUUCGGUAUAUGACCUGACCAGAGCUGAGACAUUUGGCCAGUUACGUUCAUUCAACCUCCUACUGCGCUGGAAAGGAGACAGUGGAGAUAUGCUGCGUCCUCUGCUGCAUGCAGAGCGCUACGUGGCUGGUUUUGGGCUGCAGACAGGGGAAAUCCACACUGUCAUCUAUAACAACCACCCAUAUCGGGCUUUUCCUGUACUAUUAAUGGAUUCAGUGCCCUGGUACCUGCAACUGUACAUUCACACCCUGACAGUCACCAGCAAGUCCCGUGAUAACAAGCCCAGUUACAUUCACUACCAGCCUGCUAAAGACCGCCAUCGUCCUCAUCUACUGGAGAUGCUGAUCCAGUUACCCCCUCACUCUAUGACCGAGGUCACUGUACAGUUUGAAAGGGCCCUGCUCAAAUGGACUGAGUACACACCUGAUCCCAACCACGGCUUCUACGUUGGGUCCUCUGUCAUCAGUGCCCUUGUGCCAAGUAUGGUUGCAAUGAGCACCAACUUCACACAAGAUCAACCAUUGUUUAGCAGUUUUGUCCCAGUCAAAGAAGAAUCAAGCUACUUUGUGCGAGUGUAUACCGAACCACUGCUGGUAAAUCUACCCACGCCUGACUUCAGCAUGCCCUACAACGUCAUCUGCCUCACCUGCACGGUGGUCGCGGUGGGCUACGGCUCUUUUUACAACUUGCUGACCCGCACCUUCCAGGUGGAUGAACCGAGUCCACCGCUGGCGAAACGAUUGGCCAACUUCAUCCGUCGCAUAAGGGGAGUGCCACUGCUGGCCUAAACUGAUGAGAGCAGGUCUGGCACCUUAAAUGUCCAUAUUAGGAAGCAGAGAGAAUCGUGAUGCUUAAACGGCAGCUGCUGAAGUUUUAAGAUGCUUUUCAGGCCUGGAAGGACUCGAUGCCAAGUGACUGUUCUGAACUUCUGUUGAACAAAUGAGCUACCAAAAUGGAUUAGCCUCCUUUUUAUGUGUUGUUUUGUGAGUCGCAUAAGUAAAGAUUAGCCACUUUUGUUUUGUUUUUUGUUUUCUGAGUCACAUAUGUAAAGAUUAGCCACUGUUUUGUUUUUGUUUUGUUUUGUGAGUCACAUAAGCAAAAGAUUAGCCACUGUUUUGUUUUGUUUUGUGAGUCACAUACGCAAAGAUUAGCCACCUUUGUUUUGUUUUGUUUUGUGAGUCACAUAAGCAAAGAUUAGCCACCUUUGUUUUGUUUUGUUUUGCUUUUGUGUCACAUAAGCAAAAGAUUAGCCACUGUUUUGUUUUGUGAGUCACAUUAGCAAAGAUUAGCCACCUUUGUUUUGUUUAGUUUUUUUGUUUUCAGAGUCACAUAUACAAAGAUUAGCCAUUGUUUUGUUUUGUGAGUCACAUAAGCAAAAGAUUAUCCACCGUUUUGCAUUUUGAUUCUUGUUUUGUGCGUUUUCUGAGUCACAUUAGCAAAGAUUAGCCACCUUUGUUUUGUUUUGUUUUGUGAGUCACAUAAGCAAAGACAUUUUUGCAAUGUUGUUCUAGAAAACGAUAGCUUGCUGUCACAUGAACAUUUCUCAAAGGAACUGCAUGGUUCGGGCAUCUGGGAGAAAUAUAGAUGGAAGAGCAUGAUGUUAAGUCGUCUCAGUGUACCAAGCCUCACAGAAACACAGACACUACAAUCCAACUACUGAAACUGGACGUCUAAGAAUGUGGCAAAUAUUUUCCACGUUCUGCAAUGCACUGAUAUUUAAAUAUGUGUUGUUUUGAAAGAUUGGACUGUUUUUAUUGUUUUGUCUUUAUUUGUGCAUUUGCCUCACCACAUAAUGACCUCCAGAUUGGGUGUUAUUGAAUUCAAAUUCUGAAGAUCUUUAACACUGGUUAACUUUCCCAUAAUAAACUGACUGGAAACCCA